CGUGUCCGGGGCAGAUGUCAUGCAAAACGGCAAUUCCGAGAUCUGGUGCUGUUGCAAUUGAACUGUCUGCGACGGCUGUGAACGCUUUGUCCAGUCGGCGGAUUACAUGGCUGCUGCUGAGCCCCUGGGGCGCACAUUGAGAAGGAAGAUGGGUGCCGCGAACCUCAACCGAGCGCAGACAUUCCAUAUCCCAACGUUGUGGACGAUGUCAGUGUCAUCAACUGCGUCGAGCCCGCCGUCGCUGCGGCCCUCUUAUUCCCAGAGUGUUGUCUCGCAGUAUAGCGAGCUGGAGCUGGAAAGUGUAGGGAGCUCUCGGCAUUGGUUGAGCCCGAGGCCAGAGUCAAAGCAACUCAAUACAUUCCGUAGCCGCCUCGAAAGAUCAUCAACCAUCAGCCAUAACAGAACCUGUUCAGAAUCUUUGUUGCAUCCUAGAUCACGGAAAGCAACGGUUUUUUACCAUGGCGCCUCGUUUGAAAUUCUCAACCCGAGAGAAUCGCUAAAUGUGGCCCGUAUCGUGUCCUACAUCGAAGACGUCGAUCGGGCCUCUUACGAAUCCCUUUCGAACCAAAGGGACUCAGACGCACCUAGCCAGUGUCUAGACUACUCUUCUGGCCGACAAUCCCCAGAGAUUGAUCGCCCGUGCUCGCUCGCUACAUUACGGAUGCCGACAGACCCUAUUGCUGAUCAGUAUCCAGACUCAGAUGAAGACUUAGAUUUACACCUGCAGUUUCCGUCUCCCCCUUUGGAACGGCAUCACACGCUGCCAGAUAUUUAUUGUCAUCAAUACUCCCCCAAAACGCCACAUUCGUUGACCGAUGCGCGCUAUCUUGAAGAACAGGAUUCCAUAGCCCAAGACCAAAGUCAGCAUCUCGCAGACAACGCACAGCGAAGAGCCCGUGUUGACAUCGUUGGAGAUGCGCCAUACCGGCCGCUACCGUCGAUUUCCGAGCGAUUGAAGCACCAGGAGGAUCCGGCCCGUUUGACCUGGCGUCAUUCAUUUCCCGACUCCUACCGAAUUUUGAGUUAUUAUGAGAACUUUCAUCACCGUUCCCUUUCGCAGGCCGAAUCCGCAGAGGAUGGCGAUAUUGGCGAGCCGGGAUCGCCGGUGUACGACGACAGAGUCGACGACACCGAAUGCUCCAUGACAGCUGUUGCAACCAGUCACACGAACAUUUCACUUCCCUUUAACGGCGGGCCCGGUUUAAUAGACUCGCCAUUUCAGCGACUAGAUGGGCAUUCUACACCCGUUAUCCCCGACAUCAGAUUCAUGGACAUUGCUGCCUCGGACCACGGUCCUCGGUCUUCCCCUCUCACCCUGGAAAAUGGGUUAAAGGGUGGAAGCAGCGCGGGGGCCUGGAAUCCACAACACUAUACAGACCACAACUUGUCGAGCAGGUUGACCGGUUAAGUGCCCUCUGUGGUCUUCUCCGACUCAACUCCGCCAUCAGGAAUUGGCGGCAGAAAAAAAAGAUGCCAGUCAUCAGCCAACCUUUCUUCUUUACCCACGACGGCUCCGCAGACGAGCGUUACCUCCCCUCCAUGACUACCGAGCAGCACAAAUGUAUGCCCGAGGCUAGCCUCUUGA